UGAAGGUUAGUCGUGUCAGGGUUCAGGGUUUGCUUCGUCACUGUGGCGCAGCACGCUGAUCUCAGAAGAUGAUGACAGACGAGGGCUGGGAGAAACUGAUAAUAACACACCGCUGAGAGAGAGACGCUCGCACUGAAUGAAAGACUCUACAGCACACAUGAGGGCCAGGAAGAGAGCGAGCCGCGGCCCGAUGCACUCCAUGCGGGUUUCCGUUCGCGGCGUCUCCAUGUUCUCCUCCAUCACCAGCGCCAUCUCCGACCCGCGCUUCCGCUUCCGAUGGCGGGCCAUCACGGUGACGACCCUCCUGGCCUUGGCCGUCCUCGUCUACCUCCACCAAACGUCAUCGAGCUCCACCGACGGCAAAGUUAGCGGUCAGCGCUCGUGGCGAUCCAGCCGAGACGUGUCGGGGGCAGAGUCAGGCGGGAUGGCCGCGGCCGAAUCGAUGGACUCGCGCUACAACGACACGUACCCGCUCAGUCCACCGGAAAACACGGCCAGCGGGAUCCGUUACCGGAUCGGAGUCAUAGCGGACCUGGACACGAACUCACGGAGCCAGAAGGACGACACGUGGUUCAGCUUCCUGAAGCGGGGGCACCUGCUGGUGUCUGACAGCGGGGACAGCGUUUCCGUGGAGUGGGACCCGGAGCCCGUGGUUCUGGAGAGUCACCUGUCGGAGAAGGGCCGCGGCAUGGAGCUGUCCGAGCUGGUGGCGUUUAACGGGCAUCUGUACAGCGUGGACGACCGCACCGGCGUGGUCUACCGGAUCGAGGCCAACAGAGCCGUGCCGUGGGUCAUCCUGCCCGACGGAGACGGCAGCGUGUCUAAAGGUUUUAAGGCGGAGUGGUUGGCGGUGAAGGACGAGCGUCUGUAUGUCGGAGGUCUCGGUAAGGAGUGGACGACCAUCAGCGGAGAGUUCGUCAACAACAACCCUGAGUGGGUGAAGGUGAUCGGUUUCCAUGGUGACGUGGAGCACGAGAACUGGGUACCGCGGUAUAACGCCUUGAAGAAAGCAGCAGAUAUCAGACCGCCAGGUUAUCUGAUCCACGAGUCGUCGGUGUGGAGCGAGCGUCUCCAGCGCUGGUUCUUUCUCCCGCGGCGCGCUAGCUCCGAGCGCUACGAGGAAACGGCGGACGAGCGGCGAGGAACAAACCUCAUCCUGAGCUGCUCGCCGGACUUCGCUCAGAUCUCGGUGUCACGCAUCGGGCCGCUCAAGCCCACGCUCGGCUUCUCCUCCUUCAGAUUCGUCCCCGACACCGACGACCAGAUCGUGCUGGCGCUCAAAUCGGAGGAGGACGCGGGACACAUCGCCUCCUACAUCACGGCCUUCACGCUGGACGGACGGGUCCUGCUGCCCGACACCAAGAUCGGAGACGUCAAGUACGAAGGGCUGGAGUUCAUCUAGAUGGGGCGAGAGGCCAGCGGGCGUCCGUUACCCACGAUGCAUUGCGGCAGGUAUUUUUUCAGACUCGUGCUGAUGUGCAGACGGAGGUCCUCGGUGAGGGACGAGACGCGAGAGACAGACGCUCAGGGGACAGAUGCAAUAACAGAGACAACCUCGAACCAAAACAGAGCGGGGUUUCUGCAGGUCUGAAACAUCUCGAAGCAAUCGUUCACCCCGAAAGGACAACUCGAGUAGAUCUAGACUGAUAGAGAGAGGGUUUGCAAGCGGGCUGUUUUGGGUCACCAUUGACUCCCAUAGUAGGAAAAAAAAUACAAUGGAAGUCAAUAGUGACCCAAAGCAAACUUUGCGUUCAGCAGAAGAAAGAUAUUCAUACAGGUCUGGAAAUACUCCAAAUGAUGACAGGAUUUAUUUUUUGGGGUGAACUAUUGCUUCAGUUAGUGUUUUUACUAAUCGUGCGUCGGAUCAGAGCAGGAAGUCGUGGCAUUAAAUGAAAAACUUCCCCAGAACAUACAGUUCCGUUCAAAAAUGUACUCUCUUACGCUCAUCAAGGCUUUAUUUGUUUGAAAAAAAGACAUUGUGAAAUAUUCUUUGGCGCAUAAAACUUAAAGUACAGUAUUUAUUCAAAAUGGAAAUCUUUUACUAUCACUUUUUUAUCCAUUUAACACAUAAAACUAUUCAUUACUUUAAAAGAAAUGGACUGAACUCAUUUGAGUGGUAGUGUAUAUGAUAACACAAGAUUAUGAAUAAAUGCUGUAAUUUUUUUUUUAAGUAUCACAGAUUUUAAUCACAGGCAUUAAUCUUAAAUCAGUAUAUUACUAUGAUUUCUGAAGGAUCGUGUGACGCUGAAGACUGGAGUAAUGAUGCUGAAAACACAGAAAUAAAUCACACUUUAAAGUAUAUUACAACAGAAACUGUUAUUUUAAAUUGAAAUAACGUUUUACAAGAUUACAGGGGUUUGUCUGUAUUUCUUUAUCAAAUAUAUUCGGCCUUGAUGAGCAGAAGAGACUUUGUUAAAAAGAAUAAAACACUUUUAAAUGGUAGGGUUUGUGUUGUUCUUAAAAAGUCUUCAAUUGACUUGAUCGAACCUGCAGAAACCCUGCAUAAUAAAUAAAUGGGUGUACUAAGAAAUGCACUAAUGAGAAUAAUUCCAGUAAUUGUUUUAAAAUAAAAUAUUUGCCUUUUAUUAAAUACUACAACACCUCAAAACCUACUUUAUUUUUGCUGAUUUUAGUGUUUUUUUGCCUAUAAACUACACUGGAUGUGUUUAAUUAAUAUUCGUUUGAUUUAUGGAAUUAAUAAGACAUUUAAAAUGAAUAUGCAAAUAAAGAUGUAUUAUUAAUUUCAAACUUU